AUGAGAGAACUCAAAAGUCUGAGGUGGGGGGUGGUAGAAGCGAAGGCAGGAGAUGGGAAGACGGAGGGAUGGAAGAGGCAAAAUGCAGAAACAGCUCAAAUGCCGAAAAAGAAAGCGGGUGGAGAUACGAAUCCUCACCCAAACAGACAGACAGACAGAAGCAUCCAGAAUCUCCUCACAGUAGACACACACAGCAGGCGUUGGAAUGAAGGGAGCGGGUUCCAACGAGAGAGAGAGCAUGGAAUUGUGAAUCCGGUCUGGAGAACGUGGACCAAUGAGUCCUCUCAAUCCUAUCCAGUGAUAAGAGCCACACCCAGCGAGCGAGCCAGAGAGAGCGCCGCAAUCAAUCAAGGCCAGGGCCAGGAAAGCCAGGAAAGCAAGGCAAGGCUAGACGAGAGGAGAGGAGGAUUAAUUUGCCGAAGUGCAGCCACAAGCAGCGUGCGCUUAGGAUUCGCUGGUAGCGUGAGCGAGCUCACAUCAGCCCUGCAGAUGUCUGAUGUCAGUGGUGGAAAGACGAGCAGAUCGGUAGUGACCAUGCAGGUGAAGCCAGUGCUCCAGUUCAUCCGAGGAGUAGACGAACGCAGUGUUCCUGAGAUCAGGUUGACAAGAUCCCCAGAUGGAACCAAUGGCAAGGCCAUUUUCGUGUUCGACCAGCCGUCAGUCUUCGACUCAUCUCGGGAGCUUGGAGACAUCACUGGCCUCUACAUGUUGGACGAGGAAGGUGUCUUGUCCACUGUCGAUGUAAGUGCCAAAUUCCUCAAUGGCAAACCAUCCAAGAUCGAGAGCCAGUACAUCAUGCGCAACACCACCGAAUGGGACCGGUUCAUGCGCUUCAUGGAGCGCUACGCUAAGGAGAACCAGCUGGGGUUUGUGAAGAGUUGAAUCCAUUAUUUUUAUUUUAUUUUUAUUUUUUGUUGCUUUAGUAACCAGCUUAUUCCCUGGUUCGAAUUUUGUUUUUUUUUACUACCGUAGUCCCUCAAGCCGGUACUUCCCCAACCAUGCUUUUGCAAAUUCAUCAUGUGCACUAGACCAUUCGAGGUUUCCUUAGGAGCUCUUUGUCUUGCAGAGAACUGCACGCUGCCAUAGGCCUAGUGUUUUUAUUUGCUGUACAUCAGAAUGCACAUCUUGUAACUGAUAGAAUGAGUACCACUUGAGAUUCUUAUGAAA